AGAAUCCCCUCGCCAUUUUUCUCUCUCAACCCAAGUCCAAUGGAAACCCCCUUGGUUGCUGUCGUGACCGGUGCUAAUCGCGGCAUUGGACGGGCGAUCUGCACCAUCCUGGCACAACAGUGCGCCAGCCCUCUGGUCCUCUACACCGUCUCUCGAGCUGGGGCUGCAAUCGACUUAGGAGACAUCCGACCGACAGUGCAAGUGCACCCAGCGAGACUCUCCCUAACUGGCCCGGCCAGCAUAUCCACUCUAAGCACCUCCAUCGGCCAGCACUACCAAGGUUGUGAUGUCCUAAUCAAUAAUGCGGGAAUCUACUACUACAAGGAGAAUCUGACCGCUGCGCAACGCCGAGAAACCCUUGCCGUCAAUUAUCGGGGAACUUUGAGAGUCUGUCAAGCCUUCCUGCGCAUUAUGCGCCCCAAUGGACGCAUCGUCAACCUGUCCUCUCAAUCGGGCCAACUCAAAUAUUUCCAUCCACGCCUCCAGGAACGAUUCUUGCACCCCGACCUGACUUUGGAGCAACUAGCGGCUCUGAUUGAGGAGUAUAGCAGUACAGUCUCCAAUGGUACAGCGGCAGCUAUCGCGGCUGGCUGGCCUGCGCUCACCUAUUUUACAAGCAAGGCCGCCUUAAAUGCUGCGACGCGAAUCCUGGCCCGAGACAACCCUCAUCUCCUCAUCAACUGCUGCUGUCCUGGGUGGGUGGAUACGCCGCUGGGGGGACAGGCGGGGAUGCCCCCGAAGACGGUGGAGGAAGGGGCAAGGAUUCCCCUUCGACUCGGGUUUGGGAAGAUUGGAAAUAUUAGUGGGCGUUACUGGGCAAAUGACUCGGUCGCGGGGAAGGGAGACGGCAAGGUCCAGGACUGGUAGGGAAGGGGGAGGGUUAUAAGGCAGGAAUUUGCGUCUCAAUUAGAGUAAUUUUUCAACUGGAUGCUUUCCCUUUUAUGCUGUUUCGGAUAACGUUCUCGAUCUGCGGCCACGAGGUGCCUAGCUAUCUAGAUUUUACGAGGGGUUUGUCGCCAGAAUGCC